CCAAGCCAAAGAGAUACCCUAAAAUCACAAUUUUCCGAUUGAUCUCUCUCUGUUUCUCGAGCCGAGCAUGAGCGACGGUAACAUGGACGUCGACGAUUCACCGCUUUCUUGGAAGGUAAAAUCCCUGGAAGCAAUAGUCGAUGGUCCUUUCUCGAAGACCCUCUCGAAACUCUCAUCGUCUUCUCGUUUGAUUCCGGCGAGUAGAGAUUUCCAUUUUUACUACAAUUUCGAUGAGUUCAAACGCCCAAUCGACGAGAUAGCUGGAACCUCGCAGUCGGCUCUUGAGACGAUCGGUGAUUCCGAGCAGGUUUGGGAGAAAUCGAUGAAGUUCCCUGGCGAUGUUGAUGAAGUUGAUGCCGAGGAUUGGCUUUGUAACGUGAAUGAUGAAUUUAUCGAGAGAUUUGAUGUUUCGGUUGAUGAGUUUAAGAGGAUUCGGAAGGAAGAAGAGGAAAUUGGUCGGCCUUUGGCUUACGAUGGGAAUGAUGAUGGGUUUCAGAUGGUUUAUGGGAAGAAGAAAAAGCCUUUUGGUAAUGUGAUUACUGGCUCGGCGGCGGGUAAGAAUACUUACGGUGGUUCUGUGAUUGAUGUUAAGUUGGCUGAGAGGGAGAGGAAUUCAUCUGGUAAGGCUAAAGUUCCUUUCCAUGUACCAACCAUAAAGAAGCCUCAAGAGGAGUAUAAUAUAUUGGUGAACAACGCGAAUCAACCCUUUGAGCAUGUUUGGUUGGAGAGGAGCGAGGACGAUCAGCGAGUUAUGCAUCCACUGGAGAAACUUUCAGUGGUUGACUUCGUUGACAAAGAUGUAAACGAGAUGGAACCUGUUAAGCCCCUUCCAUUGGAAGAGACUCCGUUCAAGUUUAUUCAAGAAGUGAAAGAUCUGAAAGAAUUAGUUGCCAAAUUGCGUAGUGUUGAAGAGUUUGCGGUUGAUCUGGAGCAUAAUCAGUAUCGAUCUUUUCAAGGAUUGACAUGCUUGAUGCAAAUUUCCACCAGAACAGAGGAUUAUAUAGUUGAUACAUUUAAGCUCCGUAUUCAUGUUGGUCCUUACCUAAGGGAGAUAUUCAAAGACCCUAAAAAGAAAAAGGUAAUGCAUGGAGCAGAUCGAGAUAUUAUCUGGCUUCAACGGGAUUUCGGCAUAUAUGUCUGCAAUCUCUUUGACACAGGACAGGCCUCAAGAGUGCUAAAUUUGGAGAGAAAUAGCCUGGAGUUUCUUUUGCAGCAUUUUUGUGGAGUUACUGCAAACAAAGAAUACCAAAAUGCAGACUGGAGAAUACGACCCCUUCCAGAGGAAAUGACAAGAUAUGCAAGAGAAGAUACCCACUACCUUUUGUACAUAUAUGAUGUAAUCAGACUAGAACUGCAAAGAAUGGCGAAGCUUGACGAGCAUACUGACUCUCCUUUGCUUGAGGUCUACAAGCGGAGUUAUGAUGUGUGCACACAACUAUAUGAGAAAGAGCUAUUAACCGAGGAUUCAUAUCUUCAUGUCUAUGGGCUUCAAGCAGCGGGCUUCAAUGCAGCUCAACUUGCCAUUGUUGCGGGGCUCUGUGAAUGGAGAGAUUUCAUUGCACGUGCAGAGGAUGAGAGUACUGGUUAUGUGUUGCCAAACAAAGUUCUCCUUGAUAUAGCCAAGGAGAUGCCUCUCAGUGUUAGCAAAUUGCGUCGGAUGUUGAAGUCAAAGCAUCCUUAUAUCGAGCGGAAUGUUGAUUCGGUGGUCAGUGUCAUCAGGCAGUCAGUGCAAAAUUAUGCAGGAUUCGAGUCUGCUGCUCUGUCUUUAAAAGAUGCGUCUUCUGGAACUAUAAUGGAUAAGAAUAUUGAACCUAUUACUGAGAAGAAAGACGUUUACUCAGGAGAUUUAGCUUCUCCAAGUUUGAAGGAUAAUUCUUUGCAAGUUGAGAGUACCAGGGGCCUCAAUAUGGUUGCAGCAAGUACUACUGAAGGGAGAGGUUUAGGCACCGGCUUGUUUGGUUCUGCUAAGGUUUCUGCGGCAGUUCGGAUAUCUAAGAAACCAAGCAGUGGUUUAGGAGCAUUGCUGGGAAGUGCAGCCUCGAAGAAGAAAUUUCGAACUGAUGAGAAGGUGAAGGAAGAUGUGAAGCUUGAACAGAUAAGAUCAUCUGUAAACCUGGCAUUCCCUUCGUUUAAAGAAAAAGUCCCUGACUCAAACUCAGCUAUGCCAGCCUCUGUUUCCAGGGAAGAUGGUGUGACAGAGUUGAAAGAUGAUUCAGAAGAAGCCUUAGAAAUUGUUGGUACUUCUGGUAGAGUUUCAGUGCCCGAGACUGGUGAUAUUAUACUAUUGGAAAAUGGUGAUGGUGAUGGUGAUGGUGAUGCGAAAGAAGUUGAGGCUGAAGAUGAACCAAUGUCUCUCUCGGAGUUGUCCACAAACUUUCAGAAGUGCUUUAACUCGAUGAAAAAGAGCAACAAGGCCCCAAAGCAGACUGAGUUUUUAAACAUAGAGCCGUUUGAUUAUGAAGCAGCAAGGAAAGAGUUGAAAUUUGGGGAAGGGCACAAGGGAAGACAAGCAAAGAAAGAAGCUGGAGCAGGUCAGAAGAAGAAGGGUUCUGGUCCGGAGCAGUCAGAGUUUGGUCAAGGAAAACGUCGUCAAGCCUUUCCGGCAUCCGGGAACCGAAGUGCGACCUUUAAAAGUUAGGUUGAAAACAUUCUUACCUGCUUUCCAACUGAAGUUCAAAUUACAAACAGAUCUUAUGGUUAAGUUUAAUCAUUAUUCAUUUUGGUCUUGGCCAAUGGUGAUUUUUGUUUAAUCGAA